GAAAAAGGCCAUAUCGCAACAAAUUGCCCCCAUAAAAAAGCAGGAAAAUAUGUGGCUGAAGCAAGAACUAAACAGAUUAUGCAACUCAGGAGCAGUAUAUCUCAUAUACCAAGGCAAGGAACGUCCAGAAUUUUUACUAGAGAUAAGUCCGAUUUUCCUUAUUCCAAAGAAAGGGAUAAAGAAAUACAGAUUA